GUUAAUGUGACAUAUCAUUUUGUAAGAAGCCCAUUGUUGUCCUGCCUACUUGUUGGAAGGCUGUGCUAAUACCUUUACCUGAUGUGUUGUGCUGCUAGAUACGACGUCUGUGCUUGGAGAGCUUGGAUGGAAGACAUAUCCUAUCAACGGGUGGGAUGCCAUCACAGAGAUGGACGAGCACAACCGGCCCAUCCAUACUUUCCAAGUGUGCAAUGUGAUGGAGACCAACCAGAACAAUUGGCUGCGCUCCAACUGGAUUUCACGACAGGCGGCACAAAAGAUCUACGUGGAGCUUCGCUUCACCCUGCGUGAUUGCAACUCCAUCCCUUGGGUAUCUGGCACCUGCAAGGAGACCUUCAACCUCUUCUACCAUGAGACUGAUGAGGCUCACGGUGUCAAAUUCAAGCCCCCACAGUACACCAAGAUCGACACCAUUGCUGCUGAUGAGAGCUUCACUCAGAUGGACCUCGGAGAUCGCAUCCUCAAGCUCAACACUGAAGUGCGUGAGGUGGGACCCAUGACCAGGAAGGGCUUCUAUCUAGCAUUUCAGGACAUUGGAGCCUGCAUUGCGCUUGUUUCAGUGAGGAUUUACUAUAAGAAAUGUCCGUUCACGCUAAGAAACCUGGCCUCAUUUCCGGACACAGUGCCUCGUGUGGACUCCUCCUCUUUGGUUGAAGUGAGGGGGGCUUGUAUUGACCACGCUGAAGAAAGAGACACACCCAAACUGUUCUGUGGAGCUGAUGGAGACUGGCUGGUCCCCCUGGGAAGAUGUGUCUGCAGUGUUGCCUAUGAGGAAUUUGAUGGCUCUUGUUCUGCAUGCCAACCAGGCUUCUUCAAGGCGUAUGCUGGAAACAUCAAGUGUUCAAAGUGCCCGCCGCAUAGUUUCAGCUAUGGAGAAGGGGCUGCUAUCUGCCGCUGUGAGACAGGCUUCUUCAGGGCGGAGAGAGAUCCUCCAUCCAUGGCUUGCACACGCCCUCCAUCUCCUCCCCGCAAUCUGAUGUUUAACCUCAACGACACCUCUCUGAUGCUGGAAUGGUCCCCUCCCAGCGACACCGGGGGUCGCCGGGAUCUUACCUACAACGUCCUGUGCAAACGCUGUGGCCCCGAGCCAGAUCAGUGCCAGUUCUGUGAAGAGGAGCUUCGCUACCUACCACGGCCGUUAGGCCUGACCAAUGCCACAGUCACUGUCAUGGACUUCUCAGCACAUGCCAACUACACCUUUGAGAUCGAGUCCCUGAAUGGUGUGUCAGAUAUGAGUUCCUUCCCUCGCCCGGUCGCCAUCAUCACAGUCAGCACGGAUCAGGGUGGUCCUUCUCUUGUUGGAACUCUGAAGAAGGACUGGGCAUCUCCAAACAGCAUUGCUCUCUCAUGGCAGCAGCCAGAACAAACACCGCAGGUCAUCCUCGACUACGAGAUCAAAUAUUAUGAGAAGGAACAUGAGCAGUUGAGCUAUUCCUCAACACGCACCAAGGCUCCCAGUGUGAUCAUCUCAGGUCUGAAACCAGCCACCUGGUACGUCUUCAGUGUACGCACCCGCUCGCCAGCUGGAUACAGUUCCUACACCCCUAAAUAUGAAUACAAAACUACAGGAGACUCAUCAGACAUUGCUUCUGACCAAGGCCAGGUGUUGGUCAUUGUCACAGCAGCAGUCGGAGGCUUCACCCUCCUCAUCAUCCUCACCCUCUUCUUCCUGAUCACUGGAAGGUGUCAGUGGUACUUUAAGGCCAAGAUGACUUCAGAGGAGAAAAGAAGGACCAAUUAUCAGAAUGGACAUGUCCCUUUCCCUGGAAUAAAGACCUAUGUGGACCCUGACACGUAUGAAGACCCCACACAGGCCGUCCAUGAGUUCACCAAGGAGAUCGACCCCUCCAGGAUCCGCAUCGAGAGGGUGAUCGGAGCCGGUGAGUUUGGAGAGGUGUGCAGCGGACGCCUGAGAACCCCGGGGAAAAAGGAGAUCGCCGUAGCGAUAAAGACCCUGAAGGGCGGCUAUGUGGAACGUCAGAGGCGGGACUUCCUCCGCGAGGCGUCAAUCAUGGGCCAGUUUGACCACCCCAACAUCAUCAGACUGGAAGGGGUGGUCACCAAAAGUAAGCCUGUGAUGAUUGUGGUGGAGUACGUGGAAAAUGGAUCGCUGGACUCCUUCCUGAGGCAACAUGACGGUCACUUCACUGUCAUCCAGUUGGUCGGCAUGCUGCGUGGCAUCGCCUCGGGCAUGAAGUAUCUGUCAGACAUGGGCUAUGUUCAUCGAGACCUGGCAGCCCGAAAUAUCUUGGUCAACAGCAACCUGGUGUGUAAAGUGUCAGAUUUCGGCCUGUCCCGAGUUCUGGAGGAUGACCCGGAGGCUGCUUACACCACCACGGGUGGUAAGAUCCCCAUCCGGUGGACAGCUCCCGAGGCCAUCUCAUACAGGAAGUUCUCCUCAGCAAGCGACGCGUGGAGUUAUGGCAUUGUCAUGUGGGAAGUGAUGUCAUACGGGGAACGGCCAUACUGGGAGAUGUCAAAUCAGGAUGUGAUUCUGUCUAUUGAAGAGGGCUACAGGCUGCCUGCUCCGAUGGGCUGCCCCGUGGCUCUGCACCAACUGAUGCUGCAUUGCUGGCAGAAGGAGAGGAGUCAUCGGCCCAAAUUCACCGAUGUUGUUUCCUUCUUGGACAAACUCAUCCGUAACCCCAGCAGCCUACUGCCACUGGUAGAGGACAUUCGGAGGGUGAAUAUACUGUCUCCGGGGGAGGAAAUGGACUACCCAAUGUUCAUCUCCAUCGGGGACUGGCUGGACUCCAUUAAGAUGAGUCAGUACAAGAGCAAUUUCAUGGCAGCUGGCUACAACACAUUGGAUUCUGUGGCAAGGAUGAGUAUUGAAGAUGUGAGGCGUAUAGGGGUGGAGCUCAUCGGCCACCAGAGGCGGAUCAGCAGCAGCAUACAGACCCUCCGCCUUCAGAUACUGCACGAACAGGAGAAGGGUUUCCAUGUAUGAGGACACACUAUAACACAAGCUGGGAUGGACAGAUAGACGGAUCAGAGGGAAGUGAAGUGUAGACUGCUGGACAGACAGUCUGCAGCCUGUGCCUGAGUCUUAAGGCCUCAUACAGGAGGUCAUUUGACAGACUACCACAGCAGACUUCCCCCCAGUCUCCCUCACAUCCAGUAGUAACAAACUUUUCCUACUAUAUACCCCUUCCCCAGUAUACCUGGCUUUAAAGACUGGCCCAGGCCCUCACUUAGGGGAAUGUAAUGCCUUGUUGCAGCAGCAGUACUUUGUGUGUGGAGCAACAAUAUCUAGAAUUGUAGAUUUGCAAACGUAAUCUACUGAAUCUUUUCUGACUUUUUUUCUUUUCGCUCGGAGUUAUUUGCUCAUGUAGCUGCUAUCGGGUGUGCAAUCUAAAGGUUUAUAGAAAUAAUGUAUCUUCAAUACCUUUUUUUUGGGAGUUUGGAUAAUUUUGUCAUGAAAGUAUUAUUUGCAAUUGCUUUAGUUUACCCUCUCUCCAGAGAAUCUGGUACGCUAAUACUUGAAGAAAGAAGUAGGGAGUAAGAGAUUUCAUGAAUGUUUAAAAAGUGUAUAGACAAUUAAUCGAUAAUUAUUAUAAUAACCUAAUAUCUAUAUAUGUGCAGUCCUGUAUGUGAAAGCCCUAGUAAAUCUGGAUCUUAUUUAAGAUGUUUUUAUUUAAGAUUUUUAUCCAAAUCAGCAAUAUGGUAUUAUGCAGUCACCUCAGUAUCUCAGAGAGAGAUGAAGAAUUGUGCAAUGAGAGAACUCUUGUUGACGUGUAAACAUGAGGCCCACUCCUCAUCCUCCACCUGAUUUUAUUCUCACAUGCUCAGCUUGCAGAACUGGAUCUGUUGCCUUCAGAUGAAUAACCAUACAAGUCUAUUCUGACCAUGUUUAGCAAUCAGUCUACUCACAGCUGUGCGAUAAGCCUGAUUUAUUUUGGAUUGUGAAUGUUAUACAUUGCCUGAAAGUACACAAUCUCCACUGUCUUAACAUAUGAAUGUUCACAGAACUUAGAUAUAGAUAGGAGAGUUUGAAAGGGUCAGGAAGUUCAACCUGGACUUAGAAGGCUUUUCAGAAUUGCUUUCAUAUACAUUCAAUGAUUUUUUUGCCUGCACACACGCUGAUGCAGAGCACUUUUGCAACAGUGUGGAUCUAUGAUGGCUGAGCAGUGUAUUCUCCUUGAUGAAUUUCACAGAGAAAUUCUCCUCUAGCCUGUUCUUAAAUUGUGGCCAUGUGAAGGUUGGGGCAUUAGGGGCAGUAUGGAAAACCCAGUGUACAUAGACGUGAAAUGAAAACUGUUGGAUCCGCAGUAGAUGAUGUCAAGUUGUCCGAUGUUUGCCAUUAAAAUUCAACAUUUUACUUCAUUCGCUAAGUCAGUGGUGAGUAGGCAGUGCUGCAGAAUAUAAGUAGUUAGCAGAGUUGGAAGCAGCAGAAGUAGCUAAAGCCUGGGGAGUUAGAUUUGUGGGGUCAGUGCGGCCCAGCAGGGAAAAGUGAAUGACUUUUAGGACAGCAGAGAGAGAAUGAACAUAAACAGCAGCAUCAUAACACUUCAUGUGUCAUUCAGCAGUAAUAAACACAUGCAUGCACACACACACACACACACACAAAUGAACAUGAACAGAAUGCCUUACAGUCUGAUAACCAUGCAAGAUAGAAACACAUUAAAGUGGUUAAUAAGGACACAGGACCUAGCCAUUACUUCGAGUAUUUUUCCAUAUUUAAGAGAGUGACCACCGCUCUGCAGCUCUUUUUACAAAGUUGGGAUUGUUGAAAAAUGUCAAAGGCCAAUGGGAUCCAGAGAUCUGUGCCUUUGGACUCAGCGUAGUUAUGCAUCCGGGCCUGCAGGAGUAGGAAAAGUGCACGCACACAUCUAAACAUACACAUUUUUGCACACAAACAUGCUCCCGUCACCACCCCUCUACAGAAUAAGGAGAAUAUCAGAUGCUGUUUGUUUAGCAUGUUCUACUGCUGAGCAAUGUUAGAACGUUCUUUUGUACAAAGUACAAGUAUACUUAUAAUUCUUGUAUUUUAUUUUUCUAUAAUU